GGCGCCGAGCUGCUGAGGCGAGUCCGCACGAGGUGAGGGCGCGAUGGACGGCGCGGCCUCCACCCCAGCGGAGGCCUCGGCUGCUUCUGCCACCUCUGCUUCGACCCCGGCUGCUCCGACCUCGCGGAACCAGCUGGACCAGGAGCAGAUUAAAAAGGCAUUGGAAGCUCUGUUGACGCAUUCCAGGUCCAGGAAGAACGACAAUGGCUUGCUUUUGAAUGAGAAUGAAAAUUUAUUUUUAAUGGUGGUAUUAUGGAAAAUUCCAGAAAAAGAACUGAGGAUCAGAUUGUCCUUGCCUCAUGGUAUUCGAUCAGAUCUGUCAGAAGUCUGUUUAUUCACUAAGGAUGAGCACCCAUCAAUUGAAGAGACAGAACGUUUCUACAGAAAACUUUUGAACAAGCAUGGAAUUAAAACCAUCUCUCGGAUUAUCCCUUUCAAAGCCUUAAAAACAGAGUAUAAAGCCUAUGAAGCCAAGCUCCGCCUUCUGAGUAGUUUUGACUUCUUCCUCGCAGAUGACAGAAUCCGGCGGCUUUUGCCCUCACACAUAGGGAAGCAUUUCUACCGCAGGAAGAAAGUUCCAGUUCCUGUGAACCUUCUGGCAAAGAAUUUAUCGAAAGAAAUCAACAGCUCUGUAGGUGGAACUGUCCUAAACAUCUCCAAGAGUGGUUCUUGCAGCACUAUACGCAUCGGUCACACUGGGAUGCAGAUUCAGCACAUUAUUGAAAACAUCAUUACCAUCACAAAAACUCUCUCAGAGAAACUGCCAGAGAAGUGGGACAGCGUGAAGCUUCUCUUUGUGAAGACUGAGAGGUCUGUUUCCCUUCCCGUCUUUUCCUCUUUUGUCAGCUGUCAGAAUGAGAACGACAGAGUGUCCUUCCGUAAACUGAAGGAAAAAAAGGAAGCAAAGCAAAAAGAGAAAGAGAGAAAACUCCGUGAAAAACAGAAGUUGAAGAAGAAGAAAAACAAGAAGUUAAGGCAACGGGCUAGGGAGGCUGCAGCCCUAAGUAAAGGUGACGCUGCGGCACCUAAAACUGGGGGUCCAGCGAAGAGCCCUGGGUCCCAGAAGAAAAAGACCAAACUGGUAAAGCCCCAGUUAAAAGCAGCAGAUACGUCUGAUGAGGAAAUUCCACAGCUGGUACCAAUAGGCAGCUCUCUGGCUAAAGAAAAUGUUAAGGCCACAGGAAAGAAGUCUCCCAAGAAAAGUCUUGGCCCCAGCACCCCUCGUGCCAAGAAGAGAAAGGCCCCGCCAGCUCCAGAGACCCCGGAAUCUGCAGAGCCCGAGACCCCAGGAAAAGGCCCAACAAAGCAGCCAAAAGUGGGACAGAAGAAAACAGAAAGAAACCCUGCACUGGGGAAAAAAGACCUGAGACAGACUCCAAAAAAGCCAGAGGCCAAGCUCUUUACUAGUCCCAGCAAAUCUGCAAGAAAAUCUCCCAAAACCCCCAAACAGUGGCUGAAGAAGGCCAAAGUCGCCCAGUCAACCCCAAAUCAGUGACUCGCCCAGCCGGAGCGGCGGUCACCCCAAGAGCUUUCAGAAAUACUUGGGCCCUGGGCUGGGUGGAGUACUAGAGGAGCACACCCACGGCCCUGCGUGCCCUCCCUCGCACCACAAAGAACCAAUUAAAAACUCAGUCCUGACCCCCUUGCAACCUUCUCCAAAAGGGUGGCCUGUGCCUAAAUAUCUUAGAAACCUGCACUGGGGAUUCUGACAUGUACCUGGUUCUAAGAGCCAGUGCUUUGAAGUGAAGUCUGUUUUUUAAUUUUGUCCUAUGUAUUUGCUAAUGUAAUAGAGGGAAAGUAGAGUGCUUCUCCAUGGUCGUGUUGGAUUAUUAAAAUAUAAUGUUAAUUACAGUUUUGUUAUUUUACUAUUAAAAUGUAAUGUUG